CAUCAUAACGCGUAGUCAUUUUAUUCUGUGGUGGCUACGACGUUCCAUCAUCAUUAUUUUUUUUUUACUUACAUUCAAAAUGAUGAUGGAUUGUAAUGUUUCAAACGAAUUUUGAAGCAUCUUAUUUUGAUACGAUGGAAUUGGUAGAUCGUACCGAAAAUAUAAUUACAUGUCGAUUCGAUCGAUCAUCACGAUAUCGAUCUUGUUGUUUAUGUAUACAAUUUUAUUUUUCUUACGUGUUGGGCUUUUUUUCCAGCUUAAUAAUAGCAAUUGCAAUGAUACAAUUUUUUCAAACAUUAAAUCAACAAUGGCUUAUUUUGAUUGGAGCCGGUCUAUUAUUCAUAAUAAUUGGUGCAUCUAUCUACCGUAAUGGUGUACUGAGGUUAGAAGAGUAUUGCCAUCAUCGUCGUAGGUCAAUGAUUGGUAAACGUGAUCGAUCGAAACGUUGCAAACGUAAAGCACGUGAGAGUCAUAUAUUCGAAAGUCAUUUAUCAAUCAAUAUGCUGCCACAAUGUUUCACCAGUUUAGAUAUCACAUCAUCAACAGCGAUGAGUUCACAACGACAACAACAACACCAUGCUAACAGACCUUUGAUGUUGCUUCCAAUCGAUGCUCAACAAAUGCUAAAUAAUCAUAUCAAUCGAGAUCUAGAAACUGUAGUCGAUGUUCAUGGCGAUCAUAACUUACAACAACAACCAUCAAUGUCAAUUACACAGUCAACAAAUGUUACUACGGAAAGCAAUACAUCGACUAUUACAAACAAUGAAUUAGAAUCAUGUACAGAACUUAUUUUUGAAAACGAAUCGACCAAUGAUAAUAGUUUGAUUGAACAAGAUAAUGUCUCAUCGAUGAUGAAUGAUCGCCUUCACUUAAUAUCGCAAGAACAAACAAUCUCUGGUUCUGGUUCCGAUUCCGAAGAUUUAAAUGCAAAUAAUGAUAUUGAAGCGCCGCCAAGCUAUGAUGAUGUUAUUACUGAUUGCGCUAUUUAUCGUACAUUAUGAUAUAAAUUAAGAUUAAUUUACCUUUAACUGUGAUAUAAGAAUUUGUGAUUAAUUUAUUCAAUUAU